CAACGAACGAAGAAGACGAGAGAUCAGAAAUCGGAAAUGCUUCCAUUAAAGCUUGCUCGAUCUCUUCUUCUCCACGAGACUCUCAAUCUCACUCAUAAUUCCGGCGAUACAGACGACGUUGAUGAAGACGGAGAAACCAGUAUCCGGCAAAUUCUAAGCUCCUACAAGCAAUCAAAAACCCGAUCGAGAUCCGAUAACAACAAGACGAGAAAUUCGAAAACCCCAUUGCUAUACUUCGUUCCAACACGAGAAUUGAUCUCAGAUACAUACCGAUUAGCAACAAUCGGGAGAGAUCUAGGUAUGGAUAUGUACCCAACACCAUCACUCUCUCACAUCAUCUUCUCAUUCCCAUCGCCAGAAUCAAAAUCGCCGUCACCUUUCUCUUCUUCAUCGCAUCCUUCGACAUGGUCGUCUUCUGCUUCGCUAUCGUCGUCUCUCUCGUGGUCUCUUCCUAACGACGCCGUAAUGCUCUCCUUCCCGUCUCUCUCUGCCUCAUCGCUCUCUCAUCUCCGAUCCUUCGUCUCCCUCUCCAACGGUCUCUUCAAACUCGUCUUCUCCGCAACCACCGUAGAAACAUCUCCCUCUUCCUCCGGAUCUGUUAGCAACUGGGACUGCUGCUCCGUUUCACUCUUCUCAAAAAUCGCCAACAAGCGAAUCGGAUCGAUGGAGAGUUUUUCGAAUGCAUUGGCUUCAAAAGGAUGGACAAUUUACAAAACGAAAGAGAAUCCGACGCCGGAAUCUACUACCAACGGAGUGAGCUCAGUGUAUCUGUUUAGGAAAGUGUAUACUGGUCGGAUCAUGACCCGAGAAGGAAACGGGUCGUGUAGAGUAAGAGAGCUGAGACUUCCUCAAUUGGAUUUCAGGAACGCACCUCUACGGAUUCUGCAAUAUUUGAUGUUGAUGACUGACGAUAUAUUUUUCCUUGCGUAA